AUGGUUGGACAGGCUCCUGGUAUCCAGCUAUACUGGAAGAACCCCAAUGUAACCUCAGUUCUAGGACGUGCGCCUGGCGACCCUAUUUCUAUAAUCCUGGAGAACUACCAAAACAUGCAAUACCUUGGCGUCCUGACCAUUGGAACCCCGCCCCAGUCUUUCAAGCUGAUCAUGGACACAGGCUCCAGUAACUUCUGGGUGCCGUCAAUACGCUGCGAUGAAAGCAUGCUCUGCCGUGAUCACGCAAAGUAUGACAGCAGCAAGUCCAGCACUUACAAGAAAGCCGUACGGUACAUCCGGAUCCGCUACAGUGGCGGUGUGGUGCGAGGCGUCACGAGCAUCGACAACGUGGGCGUCGGUCCGGCCACCGUGGUGCAGUACAAGUUCGCCGAAAUGGAUCACGCAGACGGCAAGCUGUUCAAGGAUGCAAAGUACGACGGCAUCUUUGGCCUAGCAUACCCCAGAAUCUCGCAGAACGACCAGCUGCCACUAUUCGACGCCAUGGUGAGGCAGGGCAUCGUUCGACAGGCUGUCUUCUCAAUCUACAUGAGCAAGGAGCCCAGCGAGGAGGAUGGCGGGGAGAUAUACUUUGGGGGCAUCAACGCGGAACGGUACACGGGUGACAUCCAUUACGUGGAUGUUAACCAGCAGACUUACUGGCAGAUCACCGUGGACAACAUCGAAGUUGCAGGCACUAGGCUCUGUAUCGGUGGCUGCAACGCCGCGGUCGAUUCUGGAACAUCCUUUCUCAGCGGGCCCAGAGGAGAAGUACAAGAUCUGCACAGGGCUAUUGGAGCCACGCGCAUUGGUUCGGGAUACUACGAAGUCGACUGCAACCGAAUACCUAAUCUUCCAGCAAUAAUCUUCAGUUUGAACGAGAAAGCCUUUACGCUGCAAGGAGAGGAAUACAUCAUAAAGAUCCCGAUCGAGGGCGGCACGGUUCGCUGCUUCACGCGCAUCUCCGAGUCGAAUGAGUCGGGAUCGCGACUCUGGAUCCUGGGUGCCGUGUUCAUGCGCAAGUACUACACCGUGUUCGACAGGAACCAGAACCGCGUUGGAUUCGCCACGGCAGUGUAG